GCAGGGAGUUUCUGUAGUGAUGUCUCAAACAUUUCUCCCCAUGUCUGAUGAAUAACACACUGAAUGAGCAACAUGAAAAACAGAACUGAAAAGAGGAAGCUCUGAGCAGAUAUUUGAGAAAGUUUCUCUCUGUGUAUUUGCUGUCAGGACAGAACUCUAAACACAUCAUCACCUGCCUCAGCAUGUCUGUAUCUUCACAAUUACGAGACAUUCAAGAUCUGACCUCUCCAUACAAGAGCUUACGAGACAAUUAUGUGUCCAAUAAGAGAGGGUCACAGUGUCCCACGGCAGCGCUGGCGGCCUCUGGAUGUUUGAUAGUGUUAGGGGUUUUAUUGGCCAUCGCAGUGAUAGAGAGAUUGAAGAAUGAAGAUGAACUAAACAAAGCUUUGAAUCCUCGUCCCACUGUGACCUUCUUUAACCAAAGCGCCCCGAAUGAGCAGAGCAGGAUUGUUCUGGUGGAGAGUAUUCCUCUCGAUGUGGAUUAUGGGAUGAACGCUAGCUUUGGGAAAAGUCUGUAUGAGGAGUGGAAUAAUCUUCUGUCUGUGGCUAGAGAUCAGAUUGAUGUGGCGUCUUUCUACUGGUCUCUAACUGGUGAAGAUAUAAACGUCAACUCAUCCACAGACGCGUCUGGUCGAGAUAUAUUAGAGAAGUUUAAAGCUUUACCAUCCAGAAAUGUGUCUGUGCGGAUUGUGACCAGCAUUCCCACUCUGGCUCUCAACUCAACAGAUCUGAAACUCCUCCGGGAAAACGGAAUACAGGUUAGAAGAGUCAACUUUGGACGUUUGACUAAAGGAAUUCUUCACACUAAAUUCUGGAUCGUGGACAGGAGACACAUUUACAUCGGCAGCGCCAACAUGGACUGGCGAGCUUUAACACAGGUGAAGGAACUCGGUGUGGUGAUUUAUAACUCCAGCGGUCUGGCUUCUGACCUGCACAAAAUCUUCCAGUCGUACUGGGUGAUGGGUCGAACCAACGCUUCCAUCCCCGAGCCGUGGCCAUCCAGCUACGACACCCUCAUUAACGAAGAACGUCCGCUGGUGGUCAGUCUCAGCGGUGUACCCAGUCAAGUUUACAUCACGGCCUCUCCACCUGCGUUCUGUCCAGACUCUCGCACACGGGACCUCCACGCCGUUCUGUCAGCCAUCAGAGACGCACGAGAGUUCAUACACGUGUCUGUCAUGGAAUAUUAUCCUGCUUCCAAGUUCGCUCAUCGGCACGGUUAUUGGCCGGUCAUUGAAAACGCUCUGAAGCAUUCGGCCUUCGAGAACAACAUCUCUGUGUGUCUGUUGUUCAGCUGUGGUCUUGAUAGCGACCCCUCAGUGUUGCCCUUCCUCAGAUCACUGGAUGCCCUUCGUUCUCCAUCAGACAGCCUCAACAUUCAAGUGAAGUUGUAUGUUAUUCCAGUGGGGAAUCGGUCACACAUUCCCUACGCUAAAGUCAACCACAAUAAAUAUAUGGUGACCGAUAAAGUGGCUUACAUCGGGACAUCUAACUGGUCAGCUGACUACUUCAACACGACUGCUGGUGUGGGUUUGGUGGUUUCCCAGGAUGCUUUGCGUGGAAACCCGUUCCAGAAGCAGUUGAGUCUGGUGUUCGACAGAGACUGGAAUUCACAGUUUGCUAUUCCACUUGCUGAACUGAACCAAAACCAUGACUGUGUCUUCUCCAAAUCUACAGGAUAGAUCGACAUUUCAUAUUCGCAGUUUUAAAGUUCUUUUAAAAACCAAUUCGACAUAAUAAGUGUGACUAUUUCUGAUGCGCAGUAUUAAUACACAAUAUGAAUAAUUUACGUGCUUUUAAAUCCUGAAUAUCAACACACUCGCUUCACUUUUCAUUAAAAGUAUCGUUUUAUAUAAAAUAAGUAUGGAUAUAUUUAAUAUGCAUUUCAAUUGUCCCGUUGUUAAUCAAAUGUAAUCAUGAAGUAAAUGUCAGAAUCAUCAGUUUAUAAAAUACAUAGUUUUUGGUUGGUUUUGGUAAUAUAUAUUUGAGUAUUUGUGUUGCCUGGAAAUGUAUAAAUAAACUAAUA